GAUGCAUCAUUUCCCUUUCCCAAAGCAGCUCCGCGGACUCGGGACACUUGCGGAGUAAGCUCUGGGACUCGAGGAUGCCAGGGCCCUCCCUAGAGAUGGAACCAGUGGAGCCACAGUCGCUGAAGAAGCUGAGCUUCAAAUCCCUCAAGCGAGCCCUCGAUCUCUUCUCUCCUCUCCAUGGCCACCUCGCUCCUCCUGACCCGGAGAGUAAAAAAAUUCGCAUGAGCCACAAGGUUAGCCACGAGUAUCUAGGAACCAAAGCCACGACGAGUCGACCUCUUAGCGAAGCUAAUGCCGUUGCAUUGGAUCGCCCUGCUCAACCUCCGGUGCCUCCUAAUACCCUUGCUCUUACGGAGCCUUCUAGUGAUCUCCAGAAGGGAGGAGCUCAAAAUGUUCUAGCCGUUGGUCCAUCCAUUCAACCAAAGGCAUUGAAUGAUAUUGGUCUACCCAGCAAAAGCACUGCAGUUGUUUCUGCUUCAGGGUCAUCUGAAAGGAAUUUGUCUACAUCUGCAAUAAUGGAAAGAAUCCCAAGUAAGUGGCCACGGCCUGUAUGGCAUCCUCCAUGGAAGACUUACAGGGUCAUCAGCGGUCACUUGGGAUGGGUGAGAUCUAUUGCAUUUGAUCCAAGUAAUACGUGGUUUUGUACCGGCUCUGCCGAUCGCACAAUCAAGAUAUGGGAUGUGGGAAGUGGAAGGCUAAAACUCACACUAACAGGACACAUUGAACAAGUACGAGGCCUUGCUGUCAGCAGCAAACAUACUUACAUGUUUUCUGCUGGUGAUGACAAACUAGUUAAAUGUUGGGACCUUGAGCAGAAUAAGGCCAUUCGAUCUUAUCAUGGUCAUCUAAGUGGUGUCUAUUGCUUGGCUCUCCAUCCCACUAUUGACGUUUUGCUGACUGGGGGACGUGAUUCUGUCUGCCGGGUCUGGGAUAUUCGUAGCAAGGCACAAAUUUUUGCUCUAUCUGGCCACGAUAACACUGUCUGCUCGGUGUUUACUCGACCUAUGGAUCCACAAGUUGUUACUGGCUCUCAUGACUCGACCAUCAAAUUCUGGGACCUCAGAUUUGGAAAAACAAUGCUAACUCUCACACACCAUAAAAAGUCUGUGCGAGCAAUGGCACAGCAUCCUAAAGAGCACUGUUUUGCAUCUGCAUCAGCUGACAACAUCAAGAAAUUUAACCUGCCGAAAGGGGAGUUUUUACACAACAUGCUCUCUCAACAAAAAACUAUAAUUAAUGCAAUGGCUGUCAAUGAAGAGGGUGUGCUGGCUACAGGAGGUGACAAUGGGAGUCUUUGGUUCUGGGAUUGGAAGAGUGGUCACAAUUUUCAGCAAGCCCAAACAAUUGUACAACCUGGUUCAUUGGACAGUGAAGCCGGUAUCUAUGCUCUCUGCUACGACAUAACUGGUUCAAGGCUGAUUAGUUGUGAAGCCGACAAGACAAUUAAAAUGUGGAAAGAGGAUGAAAAUGCCACACCAGAAACUCAUCCCCUUAAUUUUAAGCCACCUAAAGAUAUCCGGCGGUUUUAGCAAAUUUACAACCAGCAAUGCUUGUGCACGGUUUGUCAUUCAGACUCCACCAAUAUCUUUGUUAACCAGAGUACAUGGCUGUCGAGGAAAUAUUUUUCUGUAAGCAUUAAGAAGUUGCUACGUACUAAAAUGUUCUUGUAGGGCGAUUUUUACCGUCUUUUCUUUAGAUAUAAUAUAGAAAAAGGCUGGUCUGUUCCCUACAA